CAUGGAUUAAAGAGUACAGAGAGGGUUAUCGCGAAAAAGACUUUCCCAUAUUUUCUACCUGUCCAAACAAGCGAGCCACUUCAAUUCAAGCAUGGCCACUAUCAGCCUGCGGAAGGCGAACACGCGGCUGCCGCCGGAGGUGAACCGCGUGCUGUACGUGCGGAACCUGCCUUUCAACAUAUCGAGCGAGGAGAUGUAUGACAUCUUCGGGAAGUACGGGGCGAUACGGCAGAUAAGGGUGGGGACGAGUAAGGACACACGCGGCACGGCCUUCGUGGUCUACGAGGACAUCUAUGAUGCCAAGACCGCCGUGGACCACCUCUCCGGCUUCAACGUCGCCAACCGGUACCUCAUCGUGCUCUACUACCAGCAGGCCAAGAUGAGCAAGAAGUUCGACCACAAGAAGAAGGAGGAAGAGAUCACCAAGCUCCAGGAGAAGUACGGUCUCUCCAAAGAUAAGUAGUAGGAAUCGUAGAUGGAUGACGAUGUUCCAUUAAUUAGGUUUAGAAUAUAUUCCAAAGAUGUCGUAUUUCUUCGGUACUUUGAAUCCACGAAUUUUUUUAUAUUCGUGAUGUUUGGGCGUUGUUGUUUUGUGAACUCAGAUUUAUGGCACUGAUUUUUUAGAUAUUAUUUAACUAUUGAGUUUCUUUGCUUUUUGUGAAA